CUUUAUUGUCUCCAAUGCUCGAAGUGACAGCAGCCACAUGUGCCAGUAGCGCUCAGAAAAACGGACUGAAAGUGAACUGAAGGUAGAAGCUGGAGUCUGUGCAUCUCUGUGGUGUUUUGAUGCAAAACAGGAUGUGACAUCAGCUGUCUUAAGUCUUCUGCUCAUGCGGUUUGGGCAGGAGUGAGGAGUCCCGCCCUCAUUCGCCCAGCUGAACAAUCGGAAUGUUCGAGGUGAAGCCCAUGAGCGUGGAGAAGAAGGAAACAGCUGCGGGAACAGAUGAGGGCAGUAAGGUGUGUGACAGGGGCAUCAGUGGGUGUGGAGGGGAUUCGUUGUAUCUGUACGAAGGUCAGGACUGGGUCAUCUCACCCUCCUGCUCUCCAGAGGAACCCAGCGCCAUCUCACCCGUGCUGGCAGAGGAAACUUUCCGCUAUAUGACUUUUCUAGCUGUGGGUCCCUCCUCUUACACCUCCUCUAAAGUUCUGAGUGCUGAUCGGGUGGAGCAGAUGACAAAGACCUACAAUGACAUUGAAGUGGUCACACACCUACUGGCUGAAAGGGAUCGGGAUCUGGAAUUGGCUGCUCGGAUUGGACAGUCGCUCCUGCAGAGGAAUCAUGUACUUCAAGAACGGAAUGAAUCAUUGGAAGAGCAGCUAGCGCAAACCUUAGACCAGGUUCAUCAACUUCAGCAUGAAUUGGGAAAGAAGGAUGAACUCCUGCGCAUGGUCGCGAGCGCCAGCGAGGAGAGUGAGACUGAUUCCAGCUGCUCCACGCCGCUAUGCCACCCGGCGCCUGCAGGUGCCGCUCUCGCUCUUAGCCAGCUGGAGGUACUACAGGUCAAACUACAAGAGCUGGAGGAAGAGAAUUUCUCACUGAGAUCAGAGGCCUGUCAUCUGAAGAGAGAGACUUUCACAUACGAAGAAAAAGAGCAACAGUUGGUGAACGACUGUGUUAAAGAGCUACGUGAGUCCAACAGUCAGAUGGUGAGUCUUACAGAUGAACUUUCUCAGAAGAAUGAAAAUUUACUGAGACAUCAGGAGGAGAUCGCUCAACUCCUCUCACAGAUCGUAGAGCUCCAACACCGAGUCAAAGAGUUGGCGCUUGAGAAAGAGGAGUUGAGAAUUCACCUUCAAGCCUCAAAGGAAGCCCAACGACAACUCACUGCUGAGCUGAAAGAGCUGGCGGACAGGAAUGCCGAGUGUGUGGGAAUGUUACAUGAGUCUCAGGAGGAAAUUAAGGAACUGCGCAGUAAGAACACACCGGCUACAGGCCUGCGCAGACACCUGUCUUAUGGACCGUACCCAAUGGAUUCUCUGGCAGCGGAGAUUGAGGGCACAAUGAGGAGAGAACUGAGUGUGGAGGAUGAAAUCGCAUUUCAGGACCAGCGGUCGGCCCAUAAGCGUGUGUUCCAGACGGUGCGGUCUGUGAAUGAGUCUGUUAUGAGAGCGGCAGCCUCAGCGCCUCCGAUCCCUGGCUCCGCCCACAGUGGUAUCAUCAUGACAGCAGUGCCCUAUCAAUCACACACACCAAACCCAGAGGAGGGAGCUGCAGAUCUAAACACCACCAAGGAGAACUCUCGCCUGGGUCAGCCAGGCACUCCGGGUGGAAAUGACCUAACAUCUGCCAUACAUCGCCUUUCUCUGCGGAGGCAGAACUUCCUGUGCGAGCGACAAUUCUUCCAGGCUGAGAGAGAUCGGAAGCUUCAGGAAGUAGCGGCAACAGAGUCGGUAGGAGGUGGGAGCGGCUGCAGUUCACCAAUGGGAAGCACCGUCUCUUCUUUCACCAACCUAUCAGAAUUCUCCAUCUACUCGAGCUGUUUCAAGACCUUUCUGCCUGAAAAACUACAGAUUGUUAAACCAAUGGAAGGUUCUUUGACUCUUCAUCACUGGCAGCAGCUUGCUAAACCCCACCUGGCCACUAUUCUUGACCCCCACCCGGGCAUAGUGACCAAAGGCUUCUGCCCUCUUCCUCAGGACGAUGUUUACCACCUGACAGACCUUGAAGAAGAUGAAGACCAGCAGAAUCCACGAUGGGAACUGAAGAGAAAGGGAGAGGAGGCACAGGACGUAAAGCAAAAAGAGGAAGAUGAGGACGAAGAAGAAGGAAUCACGUUUCAUGUGCAGUCAUCAUCCACUCCCGAGGAGAGGAAGGAGAGGAGGUGUGUCCUAACCCCAACUAAUGCCCCACCCCUUCCUGCAUCCCUCAGGAGCUCCCCUGUGCCCAUAACAGCGGCUGUUUCCUUAGCAACAGCAGGUAAUCAGACAGUCAGCUCAGCACCUGUAAUAUCAGGCUCAGCAGCUCCCCAGUUUGAUCUGAAUCUCUGUUCUAAAGCGCCCUCUACAGCUGUAAAUCCUGGAAAGUAUCAAAGCUCCACCUUUUCCACGUACACUUUUACUACCUGUCGGAUCCUGCAUCCUAGUGACAGCACACAGGUUACGCCAAGCACUGCCUGUAGUCCGUCUGUGAUUGACAAUACCCCAAGUUCUCUCCGGACCGGUCCCAGUACACCUGUCACACCCUGCAGGCUGAGUCUGGGUGACUCCUUCCCCGUUCGCCGCCCUGCAGCACCCCCUCGUGGCCUUGCCAAACUCCUGCUGGAGAAAGGCAUUUCUGCUCAAGGUCCCACGGUUGUGGCACCGCCUAAAAAGCCUCUUCCUUUGCAUCCUCUCCCCAGCACCCCCCCAAACUCUACCUCCCACUCCCCAUGCCCUUCUCCCGUGCCCUUCGAUUCACGAUCCACCUCGUCUGACAACUUUCUGGCGUCCCGUCCUGCCGAGCUCUUUCUGCAAGAUGUUUACGGGCUUAAACUCGGCCGUGCCCCAAGACCAGAUCUCUUAAGCCCGGAACACAUCCCUCAAGAGCAGUCAGUCAAACCAAACCGCUAUGGCGUCAACCUCGUGGAGCAUCUACGCAAGCUAGGCUUGGAUAAAAAAGUGCACCAAUUGACGGAUGCUGAUGGUGCCCAUACAUCUGCCACGUUCCUUGCAACAGGAGGAGGCAGUUUAUUGGACGGACUUCGCCGUAAUCAAAGUCUACCUGCCAUGGUUGGUCGCCGUAGUGCGUCUGUCCCCAGUCCUUCCUUUCCUGUCCCGGCCCCUCACCCUAUUUCCCUGGCCCUUCCCACUCCACCAUGGGGGAGCCUAAGCGAACCACACCCAACACGUAGACAUGCCUCCCUUUCUCAGGCCCCACCCUCUUUUCAUAAUUCAUCAACAUGUGGGAGUGGCCUCAAACAAACCGAAAAAUGAUGAAUCGAUGCCAUUUUUGGGUGACUCUAACUUCAUAUCCUUAUUAACUGUCUUUUUCCCAUCCUCUUUCCCAUAAACUGAGAGAGAAAGAGGCUCAAAGACAUUUAAAGUAGGAACUGGGUUGUUUUUAAAAGCACAAUAAUGAAGUAAAUGUGUCGUGUUGCCAUGUUAAUGUUCAAAUGAAGAUUUUGAAGGCCUUAUCAUUGCAAUCGAGAGGAAGUCUAGUAAUCCCAAUUUUCCCCCUAAACACCACCUUUUCAUUUUUUUGACACAUGUAUUUUCUCUCUUUCUUUUAUUGUUCUGCCUUUCAUCCUUUAUUUUGUCUAAUUGACAUGUCUUUGCACUUAUUUUCUGUCUAUUAACUCAUGGGGCUGUGGAGCUGUGCUGUUUUAUAUGCUUUAGGAAAGAAAAAGUAUGUGGGCUUGGUUGAAGAAAGGAAGGAAAGAAAGCAUGAUGAAAGGAAGGAAGGAAAGAAUACCAGACAAAAGGAAGAAAGGAAGCAAUAAGGAAGGAAGGAAAUGAAGCAGGAAGGAAGGAAAGAAUGUGGGAAGGAAAGAAAGAAAGAAGGAAGGAAAGAAAACCGGACAGAAGGAAGGGAAGGAAAGCGGGAAGAAAGGAGAGAAAGCAGGAGGGAAGGAAAGCAGGAAUGAACUGAAGGAAGGAAGGAAGGAAAGAAAGCAGGAAGGAAGAAAGGAAAGUGGGAAGGAAAGAGAAAGCAGGAAGGAAGGGAAAAAAGAAAGUAGGAAGGAAGAAAGGAAAGAAAAAGGAAGCAAGCAGGAAACAAGAAAGGAAAGGAAGGAAGGAAGGAAAGUGGGAAGAAAGGAAAGGAAGUAAGGAGAGAAAGCAGGAAUGAACAGAAGACAGAAGGAAAGAAAGCAGGAAGGAAGGAAGGAAAGAAAGCAGGAAGGAAGAAAGGAAAGAAAGCAGGAAGGAAAGAAAGGAUGAUAGAAGGAAAGAAAUCGGGAAGGAAAGGAAGCCAGAAGGAAGGAAAGAAAGAAAGAAGGAAUGAAGGAAGGAAGAAAGCAGGAUUUUAUAAGACUGGAAAUGUGAAGGUUUCUGUAAGUUUAUUCUUAAUUUAGUGUCACUUUGACUCACUCUCCUGGUGGUUUGCAUGUAGAGCGCCAAAAGUGAAGUGUAUAAAAAAGAUUGGCGUAAGUGGAAAUAGAAAGUUGCAUCUCCACAGCCUCAUUUUAGUGGUCUUGAUUCAUUCAGAGGUUCUUUUUAGAGCUUCUCUAUGUAGGGAUAAAUGGCUGAUUCCUCUCAGGUGUUUAGUAGAACCGUAAGUUCUACUGUUAGUAAUAACUGAGUCAAUAACAGCCUAGCGGUUAUAUUGUUCAUUUUUGCAAGCUAUUCAAUAUCUAUGUCCUAUAUACUGAUAGCAUGCUAGUGUACCUGAACUAAAGCUCCUCCUCCUCACCUGUCCAAAUCAUUUAUUUAUUCAUUUGCACAGAAUUUAUUGGUUGUUUGGGAAAGUUGGUCACGAAAAAAAAAAAACGAUCUGGAAUGCUCAGGAUUUUAUUUACUUUGUGUUUGUGCAAACUUCAUUCUGUCCUUCUAAACUACUUGUCACCUUGUUCUAAUUUUUAUUUUAUUUUUACAUAAUAUUCAGGGACUGUGUACUUAAGGGAAAGGAGUGAUUGGUUCAUAUGUACACUAGAUGUGUCAAAAGGUUCAAAGUGAUGCGCACAGAUUUUACACAUUUUUUGCUUAACACAGUUUUACAGCUGAACCUGACGGGAAUUGCUCUCUGAUUUUCUUAUUUCUGUGAAUAUUUCCACUCUGUGUUUUUUUUAAUUUAUUUUUCUUUUCUUUUUUUCUUUACUAGAGCAUGAUACAUGUCAAUUUUAGGUAAUUCUAUAUUGCCAUUAUAUCCCUCAAUGAUCCAAAAGACUUUAGUGAUGAGAAUACAGAAAAUCUUUCUCUUUCUUACCCAUCCGACAGGCUAAGAUAACCCCUGUAUUACAGUAUGUGGUCUUGACUGUGACCUUUGACCCCUGAGUUAAUUGUUCAGUGACCUCAUAUGUGCUUCCAUUUCAUUUUCACUUAUACUUUCCUCUAUUUUUUCAUUUUAUGCACUUUUUUUGAAAUGUGUUAUUUUUUAUUAAACAGACGUUACCUGUGUUCUCUAACAAAACAGUAAAACUAGACUAUUAGAUGAUGUGUAACUUGAGAGUUAAUGAUAUUAUUUACUAACCUGUUUCAUUUAGGAAUGAGAUUUUAAUAUAUUUCAUGUUUUUUUUUUUUUUUUUUUUUUUUUUUUGAGAAGGGUUUCGAAUCUCUAGACCUUGUAUAUGGGGUUUAAACCAAAAUGAUUUGUCCAUUAUGCCUGAAUUAUAAUUUUAUAAGCUAAAAUUAUGUGUUUAUGUGGUAAACUGAUCUUUUUGUGCUUUGUUGAAAACUUAACCACAGCACAGGGAAAAUAAAUCAAGUCUGGUUUAGAAACUGGUGUUGCAGGUGAGACAUUUGUGAGCUUUUGUUAGAUGCUGAUGAACAAGAACACCAACUAAGCUAAAUGUGACUUAAACUACUCUGUGUGUAUUGCAUAACUUGGGGCUAUUCGUCACCAUUUCGGAUCAAAUCAUACACAUUUUCAGAAUUAUACCAGCAUGGCUGCUGCUACAUUGGCGGCUUUAUCUAAACUGAAUUGUAUGGUAUUAACGCAUGAUUUGAGUUUUAAGUUUCAAAGUGUCCUUAUUUCCAUCCUGUUGUUCACAUUAUCAAGCUCUCUGCUGCAGUUCAGAUCAAAGAUUAAUGCUUGAAGAUGAUGUCACAAGUUAUGACAUCAAGCACAAAGUAAUUCCUUUUGUGCUAAUGACAUGGUUAAUUAAUAGACCUAGUUAGAUAACCUACAGAUACAGUAGUAACCAUGACCCAUUGUGUUUUCUUAUGUGUUUAGCUCUUAUUAGAAUCCUGUAUCCAGUGUCAUUGUUUUUCUAAUAAAACAAACAAAAAUCA